AUGAGACAUCGUUCGUCAACAAGGGGGGAGAGUUAUUGGGUGGUCUGGGUGCUGGGACGGUGUCUGUCUCUCUCUCUGUCUGUGUUGCAUAGUAUUUGUUCCAGUGUUGUUAUUUUCACGAUAGUAAUUCUCACUUUCUUUUUUCCAGACUACACUUUCUUUGACGAAGCUUUCGGGAAAGGCUCUCAGCCCCUGCGCCGCCCUUCACCACAGUCUGGGCGACCCCCUGAAGACGCUCCGUCCUCAGGACCUCUCAGCCACCAAGAAGAAACCUUAACUGGUGGAUCAAAACAACAAAAGGGGCGUACUGGGGGGGCAGAGACCCCCGGUGUGGGCGUCAAUCAUCGUCCAGGCCGCACGAGACUACCCGCUAGCAGAACUACUCAAGUGUUAAAGAAAAUAAAUUCUUCUUAUACGAGUGACGACAGUGUUAGACCUGAACCUGAUAGUGAGAGUGUAGACGGCAGUAGUGAACCUCCCCAGCAGAGUAUUGGUCCCGUAGGUCCUGGAGUACACAACACACCUCAGGCUCCCCAGGGUGAGGGUAACUUAUCUCUGCCUCACACAGACUUCACCAAUGGCCCGGUAAAAUCUAGCCACAAUAGUUCCCAACUGCAGAACAUUCUUUUCGGCAGCCCGGAUGACCCGCCACGCCCCCACGGCCCGCGACAACAACAGCAGCAGCAGCAUCAACAGCAGGAACAGCCUCACAGCACCGGCGGGAGUGUAGCGGGAGACAAGAUGGCCGCCACGCGACAUCUCUCUUUGUUAGAACGGAAGAAAAAGCAAUGGGAGGAGGAGAGAGCUUACCUCAAUGGUGGGUGUGGCUUUUGGGGAAGAGCUCAACCUCCCGAGACCCAGCGAGCCAUACCUCCUACAGAUAAACCUCCUGACCUCCAGCAGCCACACCAACAACAACAACAAGCAUAUCAGCAACAACCACCACCACCACAACAACAACAACAGCAGCAUAUACAACAAGCAUAUCAACAACCUCCACCGCCACAAUUACAACAAACAUAUCAUCAUGAAGUACAACCACAAGCAACAUAUCAGGAACACUCUUACCCACAACCCACUCCUCCACAACAACAACAGCAACAACAACCAUAUCAACAACAGCUGGGAGCCCAUUCCCCUCAACAGCAGGCUGUGGUGGCCCGCACCCCUGGGGUCGGCGCCCCCCUCACCUCGCAUGCCAACACUACCUCACUCCCCUCCACCUCACUCCCCUCCCCAUUCUUCUUGCCCAUACAGGUAAGUCUCCUCGCCACCAGGAAGGUAUUGUCACGUGUUUAAUAAAGGACUACUAGUGAAACCUCCAAAUAACGGACUUCUCUCCCCCACAUAGUCCGUUAGUUAGGGUAGUGAUUCAUAUCUAACGGACCUUUGAUAUCUAACGGAUUUUACUCUCUAUUACAGUUCGUUAUAUAGAGGUUUCACAUCUGAUAUACCCUAGAUAUAACGGAUUUUCCUUUCCCUGUAGUCCGGUAAAUAGAGGAUUCGUUGUAUAUUUUAGAGGAUUAUGGCCCGAGAGACUAUAUUAUAGAGUGAUGUAGUCCUUGUGGCCAUAGUGGAGAGUAAUAUAGCCUAUACGACUAUAA